AUUAUUAUUAUUAUUACUUCAGAGGCCUGUUGUCAUGAAAACUAACUCCUCUCUCAGAAUGAGGCGAAACUGCAACCUGGAACUUCGUCUUUCUCCCACCUCCUCCGCUAUCGCCGCCGUCUCCGAUCAAUCCUCCGCAGCCGUCGCCGCCGCUAACGCCAGCCCUCAAAGCCAACAACUCACCAUCUUCUACAACGGUCGGAUCUGCGUCUGUGACGCUACAGAGCUUCAGGCAAUAGCGAUUUUAAAGUUGGCGACUAGAGAAAUGGAGGAGAAGGGUCCGAACGAAACGCCGUGGCCGAUACUACAGCAGUCUCCGGCGGCUGUAACUCCGACCACCCCGGGGCUCUCGAUGAAGAGAUCGCUGCAAAGAUUUCUGCAGAAGAGGAAGCAUAGAGCCCAACCCACUUCUCCACCACAGAAUUAUUACAAUAACGGAGGCAACUAAAAAUUACCAUUUCUGCUUCUUAAUUCAUUCCUCCCUUUUUCUUUCAAUUAUAUGUAUGGCCUUUUGUAAAUUACUAUGAUUUUGCUUUUGCUUUUU